AUGGUGGACUCUCAGAUUCAGGUCAGCUAUUCUAUUAACGAGGAAAUGUCAGUGGGUUCCGUAGUCGGAAAUGUAGCAGAGGAUUUGGGUUUAGAUGUAGAGAGACUAAAAACACGUAAUGCUCGUGUCUACUUUGGUGACAGCAGAGAAUACAUUGAGCUGAAUAAAGCCAGGGGAGUCCUCCUUAUCAAAGAAAGAAUAGACAGAGAGACGCUGUGCGGACAGACGAUUCCUUGUGCUCUGCACUUUCAAAUUAUUUUAGACAAACCCAUCGAAUUUUACAGGAUAAUAGUUGAGAUCGUAGAUAUUAAUGACAACCCCCCAGCCUUUGAGAAAGGUGACAUUAAAUUUAAAAUAAGCGAGUCUGCAGUCACCGGAUCGAAAUUUGAUUUGGAAGGGGCGGUGGAUUUAGAUGUUGGAAAUAAUGGUCUCCAAACCUACCGCCUGGAACCGACUGAAAAUUUUGUUCUAAAACUACACAAUCAAGCAGACGGCUCCAGGAAUGUCGAGAUGAUUUUGAAACAACCUCUUGACAGGGAGAAAAACGAGCAUUUGUCUCUAGUGUUGACGGCCGUGGAUGGAGGAGAACCUCGGAUGUCUGGAACAAUGCAGAUUCUUAUUAUAGUGUUAGAUGUCAAUGAUAACGCACCCAUUUUCACAAAGCCAAUAUAUAAAGCCACCGUGGCAGAAAAUUCACCAAAAGGCACAGUUGUGACCACAGUUAGUGCAUCCGAUGCAGAUCACGGAUCAAAUGGAAGAAUAACAUAUUCGAUCAGAAAUACUUUAGAUGAUGUCAGACAUUUGUUUGCGGUGAAUGAACAUACUGGCGAGGUUAGAUUGAUUGGAAAUAUUGACUACGAAAAAUCACGAAAUUAUCAAAUAAAUUUACGUGCAAUCUACUGA